AUGUCAGCUCCAAAUAUUACUGAAGUUCCCUACGUCAGCUCCAGUGUUACCGAAGUUCCCUACGUCGGAUCCAAUGUUACUGAAGUUCCCUACGUCGGAUCCAAUGUUACUGAAGUUCCCUACGUCAGCUCCAGUGUUACCGAAGUUCCCUACGUCGGAUACAAUGCUACUGAAGUUCCCUACGUCGGAUCCAAUGUUACCGAAGUUCCCUACGUCGGAUCCAAUGUUACCGAAGUUUCCUACGUCGGGUCCAAUGUUACUGAAGUUCCCUACGUCGGAUCCAGUGUUACUGAAGUUCCCUACGUCAGAUCCAGUGUUACCGAAGUUCCCUACGUCGUAUCCAAUGUUACCGAAGUUCCCUACGUCGGAUCCAUUGUUACCGAAGUUCCCUACGUCGGAUCCAGUGUUACCGAAGUUCCCUACGUCGGAUCCAGUGUCCCUACCGAAGUGUUCCCGAAGUCGUACGUCGGAUCCAGUGUUACCGAAGUUCCCUACGUCGUAUCCAAAUGUUACUGA